AGCUACUGUAGCUAUUCUGCUACUGUCUUGUCUUGUGAAAUGCUACGGACACAGGACUGUUGCUGAGUGAGACAUAAGUGUGAACUAGUAAGGAAACAGUGUAAUCGCUAAGAGGAAGACAAGAGAAAAAUCUGCCGCUUACUGUAACGUUUAAAUGGCUGUGAAAGAGGAGACGUGUGAGGCUGACCUGAAUAUCAUAAAAGUAAGGAUCAUAAAUGUUAAGGAGGAGGACUGUGAGUGGGAGAGUGUCCACCCUAAACAGGAGAGUCUGGACAUUAAGGAAGAGGACAGUGAGCUGGGGUCAGUGAGUCUUAAAGAGGAGGAUGAGGAAGAGUGUAUUAGUACUGAGAUGGACAGCUGUAGGAGUAUGGAGAGUGUCAAGGAAGAUGACCUUCAUUAUGGAGAUCAAGAUGGAGCAGUGACCGGGUUAGUCUCUUCUCAUAGCAGAUACUCUUCAUCACCUGAGUCUUCUGUCGGUGUACAAUAUGAAUCAUUACAAUCUGACACAAAGGGGUUUGAAGACGUUUUAUCUUCUACAACUGAGGAAGGUCAACCACCACCUAAGACGUCAUCUGAAACAAGAAUAAAACUUCACUGCUGUUCUGAAUGUGGCAAACAGUUUACUGAAAGAAGCAGUUUUCGGCGCCACAAAAUAAUUCAUACAGGACAGAAGCCAUAUUGCUGUUCUGAAUGUGGUAAAAAGUUUAUACAGAGAGGCCAUCUUCAGAUCCACCAAAGAAUCCACACAGGAGAGAAGCCGUAUGACUGUUCUGAAUGUGGUAAACAGUUUUCAGAUAGAAGCAGUUUUCAGCGCCACAAAAGAAUUCACACAGGACAGAAGCCAUAUUGCUGUUCUGAAUGUGGCAAAAUGUUUUCACGGAGAGGCAGUCUUCAGAAACAUCAAAGAAUUCACACAGGGGAGAGGCCAUAUUGCUGCUCUGAAUGUGGAAAACAAUUCUCUUACAGUAGUAAUUUUCAGAUACACAUUAAAACUCAUUCAGGAGAGAAGCCAUAUUGCUGCUCUGAAUGUGGCAAAACGUUUUCACAGAGAAGCAAUCUUAAGAGCCACCAAAGAAUUCACGCAGAAGAGAAACCAUAUGACUGUUCUGAAUGUGGUAAAAAGUUUUCACAGAAAAGGAAUCUUCAGAGCCACCAAAGAAUUCACACAAGAGAGAAAAAAAUAAAAGAAACUCCCCCACCUUGUCCACAGAUGAACACAGUACAAAAUGCUAAGCAGUAGAAGAAAAAAAUCAUAAAGUUUGAUGAAAACAAAAAAGAACAAAUUGGGGAAACUACAAGUAAAGUGGUAAAUACACUGCCUACCUCCAACAGCCUCAUGUGAACCAGAACUUGCUCAUGCAUGGCUUAUGAAGGGCAAACUGAGACCAAAAGAUGUACGCCUCAUCAUAGGUGCACAAAACAGUGUCUUGGACACAAAGUGGUUCCGAUUAAAAGUAGACAAAAAAAUAACCCAUAAUUGUCACUUCUACCACAAAGAGCUAGAAACAGUCACAUAUCUUGUUGCCUGGUGUGAGGUACUGAUUGCUGAAGGAUUAUACACUGCACAACACCACAAAGUGGCCAGGCUCAUUCAUGUGAAACUUAGCAAGAAGUACAACUUACCAGCAACAGAAAGACACUGGGACCACAACUUACCACAAUGGAAAAUGAGGAGGUGAAGGUCACUUGUAGCACAGUAAUACUGACUGACUGAAAAAUAGAGGCCAGAAAACCAGAUGUAAGAAAUCCUGGAUAAGAGAAGUAUUAGUUCCUAGGGACGACUCAGUCCUAAGAAUAGAGAGGCAAGGAAGAAACAAAAUACGAAAAAGUUCCCUCCUGUUUUGAAAGUAAGCACACAAAGAAAAUUUGGAAGAGUUAAACCUGAGAGAAACUGAAUUGCUGUUCUGAAUGUGGUAAACAAUCUUGGCACAGAAAUACUCUUCUGAUGCACAUUGGAUGUUUUGAAUGUGGCAAACAGUUUUCAUGGAAAAACGUUUACUUAUGUAACACAUUUUCAUAUAAUCAAUGUAGCUCAAA